AUGGCCGGUGUGCUCUGUAACAGAGCAAGACUGGUGACCUACCUGCCAGGAUUUUAUUCCUUAGUCAGAAGGAUAGUAAAUCCCAAGGCUUUUUCUACAGCAGGAUCCUCUGGCUCAGAUGAGCCUUACGUUGCUGCUACACCUCCUGAUAUAUAUCCAAGAACUGUGUGGCCUGAUGAAGUAAUGGGACCGUUUGGCCCUCAGGACCAGAGGUUUCAGCUUCCGGGUAAUAUAGGUUUUGAUUGUCACUUAAAUGGUACAGCUUCUCAGAAGAAAAUGCAAGUUCAUAAAAGUCUGCCUGAUAUAUUAGUCGAACCUUCCCCAAAUGAGCGGCAUGAAUUUGUGGUGACACAAUAUAUAAAUGAGUUCCAGGGUGCUGAUCGCUCACAUAAACAGCAAAUUAAUAAUGCAGAAACAUACUUUGAAAAUGCAAAGGUAGAAUGUGCAGUACAAACUUGUCCAGAAAUCUUACGAAAAGAUUUUGAAUCCUUAUUUCCAGAGGUGACUGUCAAAAAUGUAACUGUUCUAACUGUAACUCAGAAAACUAACAAUGAUAUGACUGCAUGGAGUCAAGAAGUAGAGGAUGAAAGAGAGAUGCUGUUAGAAAAUUUCAUUAAUGGUGCCAAAGAGAUUUGCUAUGCGCUGAGUGCUGAAGGAUAUUGGGCAGACUUCAUUGAUCCUUUUUCAGGACAAGCAUUUUUUGGACCAUACACAAACAACACGCUUUUUGAAACGGAUGAACGUUACCGUCACUUAGGAUUUUGUGUUGAUGAUCUUGGUUGCUGCAAAGUUAUUCGACAUAAUCUCUGGGGCACACAUGUGGUUGUAGGAAGCAUUUUCACUAAUGCUGACCCUGACAGUUCAGUCGUGAAGAAAUUAAGUGGAAACUAGGGACCUUUUACCUACUCAAAUUUGACAUCUGAAUUGUUUUACUCGAUGAUUUGUCUAUAAAUGCUGUCAGCCAAUACCAAACUUUAAAGUGUGUGCUCACUUGAAUAAUAAAUAACUGUUAUUUAUUUUA